AGUAAUGCGGUGCAGGCCGUGGCGAUUGUAACAAGUCGGCCGGACGCGAGGCUGUCUCUGGCUCAAUACCUCGAUUAGUUUUCAAUGCUUCCGACGUUUUUCAAUGAAAAACUUAGUUAUUUUAAGUGUUGAGUGAUUUAAAAUUGUAAAUCUUUUGAAAUGCGCCGAAAUGUCAAAGUGCUUAUCGUUUUAUCCGCCGCCUGGUUAUUUGUUGUUGUAUUUUAUCUACAAAAUAAUAGAGAACUUAAGGGUGAAAAUAAGGCCUUGAGGCUGAAAGAGGGCCUGACGAUGUCGUCGUAUAUCCAACAAGAAGACAACGCCAUUGGUCCAGGUGUACCGAUGGCGCUUCAAAGUUUGGAAACAACCGACGGUCGAUUGGCAUGGAACUAUUUCGACGAAAGCGCUUACGUUUCCAAAGGUCGGCUACGUAAAGGCGAAGACCCGUAUGGUAGAAACAAAUUUAAUCAACAAGCCAGUGAUAAUUUAUCGAGUAAUAGAGAAGUACCAGAUACUCGGAAUGCCAUGUGUCGUAGAAAAAGUUACAAUACCGAAGAACUUCCUGCUACCUCAGUCAUAAUUACUUUUCACAACGAAGCCAGAUCUACCUUAUUAAGAACUGUUGUUAGUGUCCUGAAUAGGAGUCCGGAACAUCUAAUUAAGGAAAUUAUUCUAGUAGAUGACUUCAGUGACAACCCAUCUGAUGGAGAAGAAUUGGCGAAAAUUCAAAAGGUUCGAGUUAUUCGAAAUGAGAAAAGAGAGGGAUUGAUGAGGUCGAGAGUUAAAGGUGCUGACGCUGCUACGGCAUCUGUAUUGACAUUUUUAGAUAGUCAUUGCGAGUGUAACGUGGAUUGGUUGGAACCUCUACUUGAACGAGUUAUGGAGGAUCCUACUAGAGUUGUUUGUCCUGUGAUAGAUGUUAUAAGUAUGGACACAUUUCAAUAUAUCGGUGCUUCCGCUGACUUACGUGGCGGUUUUGAUUGGAAUCUAGUCUUCAAAUGGGAAUAUUUGAGUUAUGCCGAGAGAGAAAAUAGACAGAGUGAUCCAACGCAGCCUAUAAGGACACCAAUGAUAGCCGGUGGACUAUUUGUUAUAAACAAAGAUUAUUUCGAAAAGCUAGGAAAGUACGACAUGAAAAUGGAUGUAUGGGGAGGAGAAAAUUUAGAAAUCUCAUUUAGAGUAUGGCAGUGCGGUGGAAGCUUGGAAAUCAUUCCAUGCAGUAGAGUUGGUCACGUAUUCCGAAAAAGACAUCCAUAUACUUUUCCAGGCGGUAGUGGUACCGUAUUUGCCAGAAACACGAGACGUGCCGCCGAAGUUUGGAUGGAUGAAUAUAAAAAUUAUUAUUACGCUUCAGUUCCUUUAGCCAAAAGUGUUUCAUAUGGAGAUAUCAGCGAUCGCCUAGAACUGAAAAGUAAACUUCAAUGUAAACCAUUUAAAUGGUAUUUGAAAAAUGUUUAUCCUGAAUUAGCGGUGCCUCAAGCCACUACCUCACAUGUCGGCCAAAUACGCCAAGGUGCCUUCUGUUUGGAUUCGAUGGGACACCAGCUAGAUGGUAUCGUAGCCUUGUACCAAUGCCAUCAUACUGGUGGUAAUCAAGAAUGGGGAUUAACUAACACAGGCCUUAUUAGACACCACGAUCUAUGUUUGACGCUGAUCAAUUUCAAUAAAGUAGGCUCCCAAGUAAUAAUGCGCAUAUGCGAUGGCUCAGAUGAACAGAAGUGGCAUCUCAUAUCACCGGAUGGCCUCCUCCGAAAUUCAAGAUAUCCGUUAUGCUUAGAUUCCCGAUAUACGGACGUAAGAGGCAUAACAGCAGAAAGAUGCAGUAGUAGUCUCGAAACACAAAGGUGGCAGCUGACAGAACGAGCUUAGGAUAAAAAUAAAUAAAUGAGUGAGAUUUUUGUAACAAACAAAUAAUCCUAUGUCCUUUGUUCAUUUUAAUAACAGAACAAAUGCGUCCAUUCCUGAAUUAUUCGAAAUUUAAAAUAAGUAUUAGGCAGAGAGCACUGAAUUUUGAUUUUUUUCAUUUAUCGUCGACAAAAUAUUACUGUAAAAGAAAUUCCAUAAAAUACUUUUACAUUAUCAACCUUUUUAUUUACCAUUUCGUUACCAAGUGCAACAUUGCCAAAUUGAUAUUUAUUUUAAAGUAUUUUCUAUUUGUAAGUAGGUAAUUGCUCAUAAAAUCAUAAUAUUGGCUUCUUAUAACACAUUAUCUGUACCACUGCUCUAUAAAUAUUUCUAGUUUUUUACCUCGUUUAGCAAAUAAAAAAAAAUCAUUAAAACUCCGCAAUCAGUUUCAACAUAUUCAACAACAUCAAUUUUGAAUGCUUACAGAAAAAUGACUUGAAAUUUGAUUUCUUUCAUGGUCUUUCCUAUUCCACUUAGUCCCAUGUGUUACCAUUAUAAAUCUCAGUGUAAUGGAUUAUGGAGCGUUUUGAGUAUGAGGUCAAUAAUAACAAAUGGCAAAACAAAAAAAUAGAGCAAAAUUUUUGAAUGUUCACAGUAAAUUUUCAUAAUUAUUAGGUAAUUUGAAGAACCCUCGACUUCUACUCAAAUAUUCCUUACCGCAUCGAAUAAAAUUUUCACGGUUUAUUACUUUGAGUUUCCAAAAUUUCGCUAAUUCUCUACACUUCAACUCACCUCUUGAUAUGGUUGGCAAAAUCGUUAGUCACGACAUCAUUGGUGACGUCGUAGUGACAUCAAAAGAUUAUUUCAAGCGCUGUGAACGCUUAGUGGAGCACACUCAAUGUAUAUGUUCACUGAUAAGAGAAAAUCGAUAACUGAUAGAUCACAUUACAUUACCACUGCCACCUUAAUGUUUUUGUGUACAUAUAUUGAAGCUAUUUUCGCCAUUUAGAGCUAGCUUCAUAGCUCCAAAAGUUAAAUUAACGUCAUGAUAUAUAUUAACUUCAAUCGCGCGACAUUCUAAAACAAGAAGAACUGGAGCUUCACCUCCCUAGAUACAGUAUCUAAACUCGUCAUUUUUGCCAGACCUAAUCUCCUCUUGUUCUUUCUAUGUGACAGUACUCCAGUUCAGAAGAAACUUUUUAAGAGAAUACAGAUGGGAAGGCAGCGCCAAUACAUUUCUAUUCCAGAUUCCUUCACGUUUUGGAACCAUUUCAGAUGGGUUUCAUACAUAAAACAUAGGACAGAUUUGGGCCAAUCAAAGAUGUUUGUGCUCUUAUUCUGGCGAUUAUAAAGAGUCUCUUCGAUUUCUGUUUGACCAGGAUUUUAGACUCUGUAAUUCUUGUCCAUUUCAUUAAGUUUUCUUCGGCAUUUCAAUGUCAUCUUUUAUUCGAUAACAAGGAAGCUCCUUGGUCCAAAGGUUGCUUGAUUAUUAGACUUAAUCGAGGUGUCACUUUACUUUCCAGGUUAAUUUCCACACAUAGUGCAAUUCCAAAUAUUUCUGCCUGGAAGAAUCGUAGUAGAAUAUUAAUGAUGAAGAGCAGUUGGUACUAGCCAUACAUACUCCACCAUCAGCUCCUGUGAUUGUUUUUGAUAUACCAUCUAAUGGUAUUCAUUGUGAAAGUCUAGAUGUUUCAUUUUGUUCCUAAUAUUUCCAAAUUAAUACAUAUUUAAAGUUCAGCUAGAUUUACAGAGCUAAUAAUUAAAGAAAAACCACCAUACACUUCCUAAUGAAGUGAACCAUACAAAUGUAUAACAAAUAUAAAAUAAUAUUCUAACGAUUGUGCGCAUUCAUUUUCAGAUACAAUAAAAUAAAAAUAUUAAAUAAUAUAAUUGCUCUAGAGACCUUAUGUUAAGUCUUUUAUGUUUUAUCUUUAAUUUUAUUUUUUAUUAUUUCAUUUGUUGUAUAAAAUCAGCUUCAAACUUUUAUUUCUUCUGGCAAAUUUGGUCUCGUAAUUAAAAUAAUUAGCUAGAUAAUUCAUUAAGUGGUGUCAUUUUACAAAACGGUAUUAAAUUAGAAUUUCUCACGUUACUGGAUAUAGUUAUGAAAUACUAAGAGGAAAAUAUUUGAUCUACAUGCAAAUUUGAUUAGCUACUCUAUGUGAAAAUAUUCUAUUCAGUUUUUUCAAUUGAAUCUACAUAAUAAUAAGUCAUUCAAAAAUCUAGCAUAACUGCAAAUACUUCUCUUUACAUUUAGCGAAUCGGAUCACUUUUUCUUUGAGGUUCAGCAAAUCAUACAGUCAUACCAAACUGUUACAUAAUGUUAUUUUUAUUGAUAAAAACGUAAGAAGUAACAAUCAGCUAUGAAAUAAACAUUUGAAAACUUGAAUCAUACAUUAAAUUAUCUUUUAAAGACUUGAAAAAAAUAUCCGAAUUGCCCCAAUUUUCGGAGUGAAUCAGGUCGCACACAACAUGUAAAUUUUCUUAAUAGUAUAGCUUUGGAAUCAGUAAACAAUUAAUAAUGAGAUCAAUUUUAAUUAUCGGCACAUGAUUCACAUAUAUAUGGUCCUUAACACCUCCCCCUCCCUGGCUUUCGGCAUAUUUUUCAUGGCAUUGCACUGAAUUCAAUACUCUGAUGGUGGAUGUAAGAAUAUUUCGGAGUAGUAAAUGAAGUGUCACUCUCUCUGUUAUGCAGAUUAAUUUUUAUCGCAGGCUUUACUUUAUUCUUUUUUUUUUUCGUAGUACGUAGUAUUUUCAUUACCGUCAAUCUUUUCCUAAUUUUACUUGGUUUCAUUGUCUACCUCAAAUUUCUUCAGGACAAGUUUUAAAACUUUACGAAUUCUUUUAGAAACGAUUGGUGAUUUUAAAGGUGAUGAAAAAUUUAUUUAAUCAUUUCUGUUCAGUUGGGAGGCUGGGAUUCGUCAGAUUGUGGCAAACUUGUGGAUUGUACUACAUUAUCAAGAAGUUUUGAAUUUGUGGCUUGUACUGGUACCCUUAUUUUUGACUGCACUUGUUCCGCACUUGAGGUUUGGUCUUGUGGCUGUUGGGAACUCGUGGAUUGGGUUUGGAUCAUUUGAUACUAUUUCUGUUUUACUUAUGAACUAUUAAUGUUUAUCACUGCCAUCGCUUUAUUCUUCAUCUGCUGUAUUUCUGUAACUGCACAGGUGGAACACCAGGCAUUGUUAGAUUGUUCAAAUGACACUAUAUCAGCUACUGGUUACGUAUUUGUGACUAACUUGUAGCUGCAUUGGAAGCCAAUUGAAAAAGUGCUCCGAAAGAUUUUGAUGUGAAGUACAAGUUCUGGUGUGAGACACGUACUCAUCCAAAAUUAUAACUACUUUUUCUGGGGUCCGAAAGCGAUUGAAAUGUUGUAGCUACAACUUAAAAGCUUCUUCGUACCAUGUGGCAUAUCUAGGAAAAAAUCGUCACGUUUACGCACACAUUUAAAGAGAACAUAUGGAGGUAUGUACCAUCCUGUUGCAUUCAAACAGGCUACAACGGUUAGAUUUUCACCUCAUGAAACAAUGGUCAUGCUGACAACAUCUGUAGCAUCUUUUUGGACUAUAAUGUUGGGUGGGUGGUUACUAAGGGGCAUCCUCGUUUCAUCAACAUUGUAUACUUAUUUAGGUUUUCUCUUAAAUUGCUAUCAUCUAUUACUGUUUCCAAAAUAUUAAAGAAUUCUGCCACUUUUCCUUCUCCAUACCAUCAAUCCUUCUUCAUACCUUUUUUAUUUCUUUGCAUCAAGCGAUGACACCUCUCUUGGCGAGCCAUUCCAGCACUUCUGUCCAAUCUAUGUUUUUUAUGUUUUUACGUUGUGCAAACUCAAACGCGUACGCACUGCUUUAGGUGUAAUUCCGAAGCCAAACGCAAUAGCCGGUCAGAUAACUUCUGCGUUUCUGGAUAAAGUAACUCUUCUCUGCAAGCUCGUGAACGGUUCUGCAAACGUCUCAACAGCUUUACGUAAGGUUAACUCAAACAUAUAAGUAAUAAAUCAGUUUAAAAGUGUGAUCCAAUUCACCACUGACGAUAUGAUCCGAUUAGACCCAAAUCAAGACCUUUGAAAUGAAUAUUUUAGACGUUAACCUCUAAGAUCAUACUUAUUUCGAACAUAUUUCUUAUUUUGAUCUGAUUCGCCCUGUGAUCCGAUUCGCCUCGGUCUACCAAAAUCUCUUUUUCCUUAUACUUUCAUACCUACAAAGUAUUCAAUUUAUCUUUGAAACCUAGUAAUGAAUAAAAGUCUUUUACGUGCCAAAAUUUCAGGUCUUCCAGUUUAAAAUAAAAUUGUAUUUGUAUAUUUUCGACGAGCUAGUAUCUAAUAUUUAAAAACAUUCUAUAAAUAUUUUGCCAAGAAAUUUUGAAGUAAGUUUUUCCACAACUUUCAUUCAUUAUAUUCUUUAUCCGAAGCACUCCAUAUUAGAUUUUUUUAUAGCUCAAAAUCCAGUAAAAAUCGUUCUAAUUUGAUAGAGGUGUCAAAAAAUGACACCUAAUUUUUCAUAUCUCUGUAACUAUAGUAGUUAUAUUAAUUUUCAUUGUAUAUAUGUAUAUGUUGCGUAAGAGAAUAUAUUUUUUGUUACUUAGGAUAGAAAAAUAUAGAAUUUAUGUUGAAUGUAGUUAGUAAAUUUGAUAUACAUUGUGUCCAAUGGAUGAUAAAAAAUUAAAUUUAUAAUAUAAAGAGAUAUUGGCAUCACGCCAAUAUAUCCAUCUAUAACGUGUUGGUAAUGCUCACUACUACAUUGUCUGGCUCUUCCUUCCUUCCAUAGAUCGCUGUUUCAUAUCCAGCUCUAACGACCCAACAAUGUAAUUGUGUAAUUGUGGUGGUAGUGUGUAUUUAAUAUGAUAAUUACCAACGAUUCAAGAAAUUACUGCUGUUCUCUAGCUACAAUUCUGCAAACUAGCGCUCCAGAUCACAUGAUUCAAAUAUUCCACGUCUUUCAAUGGACACACUGUAUAUAUUAAGUAUGUAAACCUUGUGUAGUAUAUCUCACGUCUAUUUAUAUGAAUUGAUUAAAAUAAAUCAAAUUAGGUGUGACGUACUUAACGAAAAUCAAAUUUGUUGAAAAUUAUAAAAAUUUAUAUAAAAGAAACGUUUGUGUUUCAAAAUAAACGCAUAUGAAAAGUGGGUGCAUUUUUUAUAUAAUUCUACUUCAGGGUGAUUAUGAGAUAGACUUGUUAUUUAAACAAAACAAUUUAAUGGAGGAAAGAGAAAAACAAGAUAUUCAAAUCAAGCCAACUCUUUUCUCUAAAUAUGCGUAGAAGUUCUAUUAAAAAAAAUAAAUUUGUACGAAAAUUAAUUGUAACUGUGUUUUCUGUAAUAUUUGCAUAUAAAAAUUGUAUUCUCUUUAUAACCUGAAAAGAAAGUAUUGAUCAUUGUUUGUAACGUUUUUGUGAAUUUAUUUCUAUUUCCUAAACUUUUUGAAACAUUGGAAACAUAAAAACUAAAAACAAUUGGAAUUCGAAAACUCGGAAAAUAUAUUGAAAUUACUACUUUGGUGUUUCAUUGCCACGUUCCCAAUAAGAAAACGCUGCUUAAACUUGAUUAAUUUGAAUAUUUUUCUUUAAUUUUGGAAAAAAAUGAUACACUUCAAGAAUAUAUAAGUGUAAGAUCAAUAGCUACGAGUAAUUUUUCAGUACAAAUAAUUUUUUGAUUACAACGAAAUUCUCGUUUGAGGCUCGAUCUCUAUUAUAAAAUUCCGGUAUGCUAUAACAUAUACAAGGGGCUUCGGAGAAUAGAAUGUAUCGUACCAGGUACAAAAUACAAUGUCCGAAUGUUAAUAUAGAAUUCGGCGGGGACGGACGGUCGGCUUAUAAAACUUGUGACCCUGAUAAUUGUAAAAAUUUCACCUCUCAAAUGAAGUUGAAUCUGAGAGUGAAAUAUCAGAUUCCGAUAUCGACAUUGAUGAAGAUGUAAAUUCUAGACGAUUUUUCUAUAUUUUCUAUAAAACAUUAUAUAAUCAGAAAAAAAUUUAAUAUGUAUUGAUUUUUCCAUAUUGCAAACAAAUAAUUAAGAAAAAAUUUUUUCCAAAAUUUCAAGUGUAAUGAAAGUAAUUAUAUGAAUGAUUCAAUAAAAAUUGAUAAUUUUGGCAUCUAUAGGAUUAUAACUAUAGGACUAUAAACUUGAUUGCCUUAAAAAAACGACUUGAUAGAUUUACGAAUUUUUUCAGAGAAAACGAUAGCUUUUACAAAAAAGGGACUUUUUAUAUUGAGUAAAAACAACCCUAUAACGUGGUAUUUUUUAUUUUCUUAUAUCUUCAUUACAGACUGAAAUAAAGGGAAAUUCCAAAUGAUUUUCGAAUUUUUUGUCACUUUCGAUAGACCUCUGAAGUUUUUUUAAAAUCAAUUAGUAUACUUUGAAGUACUUGUUGGAAAAAUCAACCUUUUUGCUUAUAACUUAUUCAUUUGGUGAAAAAUCGCCUCCACAGACUAAGCUACGUUUCAUGAACGGCUUUUCGAAAUCAUUGUGUCAAUAAUGGAACUGCUGAUAGUAGUAACUAUAAAACCUGAGAUUGAAGUUUGUACUGAUGAUACUUUUGAUAAUGCAGAGGAAAUAGCACAAUAAUUAUGAUUUUGUUUAUUAGCAAAAACAGAAUCGUUAUUCAUGCGAAACCAAUUUUCUUCGUCAUUUUGUCUUUUCAUCAUUUUAUUUGGUCAGUUUCGGCAAAUUUUGUGGUACUAAAGAGGAAAAAAAAUAUACUUUUAAAUAUUUUCUCGUACAGCACAUACAUAGAUAAUAUAAUAUCUUAAUCGCCAAAAAAUUAAUAUAGACUUUCAUUCCAGUGCUUGGCUGAAGUUUUUUUAUUUUCAGUUGUGAUUUUAAGAACAGGUUCGAUCCAACCCAUAGGAAAUUAGAGCAGGAAUUUUAUAAUUUUGAGGCUCUUAUUUAUUUUCAAAUGUUCAAUUCAGAACUUUAAUUAUAACUUUUGUAGCAGUGUUCAAUACUUUCUUUUAAAUAUUUUUGUAUGAAAUUAACUGAAGAUGUUUUAAUGUUCAAUGACUUAUGAAAUGCAAUUGAAAAUAGACACAAACACUAAAAUUGCCUGAUUUUACAACAAUAUACACGGAAAACAUACCACACUUUAAGAUAUUUAUAUUUUGUCCAAAUACUACAAUUGUCAAAAUUGUAAACCAAAUGUAAAAGUUAGUUAUCAAAAUGUGAUGAUUAUAUUUGAUAUUAUUCCAAAAACGUGAAAAUAAAACUUAUAAUAAUCACAAAUAACGACAACAGAAUAUUGUGUUUCAUAUAGUUUCAUUUUAAUAAAAAGUUUAGUAAAAUAUAUGUGUAAGUUUGAUAUGGGUCCUAAAAAGCGGUACUGGUAUGAAACUCACUACUAAAAUGUGAAAACCGAAUAAUCAUCAAAAAAAUGCGUGUAUCGAGCGCAAAGAUUAUAUAGGAAGUGCACAUUUGCAGAUGUUAAGACGGUAUCUUCAAUCCCUGUAUUUAGCUUGAAAUGUUUAUUUCCUCCGUAGUUGGGCUGUCUUUUUAUUCGCUUUUGCGACCGUUUAUCUAAUGUGUUCAAAAAAGUUAAAGUUUUUUGUUAUGAUAACUCCUAGGUAUUUGAUUUUUAUCUUAGCCACGACUCUUUGUCCUUCGACCACCAUCUUGAAAGGACCGUUUGUUUUUGGGGUCCUUUCACCACUAGCAUUUUCGUUCUUGGCGAAGCUAUUUUGAGUCCGUUAGUUGUAAUCCAACGGACCGCGAGAGCUGCAGUAUUCUCUGUUCUGUUUCUGACCUCAAUUUCUUUGUUACCCUCAAUAAGAGGACGUCCGCCUAGGCCAUGGAGGCUACCUUAGGGCCGUAGUCCAACUCUACGAUAUCAUUAUAUAUUAUGUUCCACAGGACUGGUCCGAGGACCGAGCCCUGCGGAACACCCAUUGAACAAAUGAUGCCGGAAGUCAUCCUCCGGCCGCUCAAGUAACUCUGUAUGUAUUUCGUUAAGUAUGGGCUUAUUCCUUUAUCAUUUAGGGCCUUGACAAUUCUAUACCAUUUAGCGGUAUUGAAAGCAUUUUUUAUGUCUAUAGCCACAAAUACACCCCAUUUGUGGCUAGUAUUUUUUACAGUUUCGUGCAAAUCCUUUAUUGUCGACACCUAACCAUUCUUUUCGUUUUGUCUUGAUGAUAAUAAAUAUUCAAAAAUUCUUAUGUUUGCCCAUCUCUAGGACUCCCUUCGACAGAUCAAAUUUUCUUGUGCGCUCGUCGAAUGAUCUUUCGGAUUCAACACAGGUAGUGUGCGUUAGAUCCACGAAAUGUUUGCUAAAUGUGCCUGUGCGCUCGACACACGUGUGCUCCUUGCACACCAUCCACAAAAAAAUCGUUUUAUGUUCAAAUUGUCUCUGUAAAAUUAUCAGCUACUAUGUUUAAUUAUAAAAAAUCGCUGGAAAAAAGUUAUUGUGAUAUUUAUGUAUUAUAUCAUUCGAACUUUAUUAAAGUAAACCAGUAA